AUGCAGGAAUAUCACAAACCAGUACUUGCUCCUAAUGAGCACGUUAAACUGUGCGAGAAGGCGAAGCGGAACCUGAACUCUCGUCAGCUGUACGCGUUGAAGCAGCUAUGCGCUUGGCGGAACAGAGUAGCUCGUGUUCAGGACGAAUCACUGGGUUACGUGUUGCCAAAUCACAUGAUGAUGCAGAUCGCGGAUAUCCUGCCUCGCGAGGUCCAGGGAAUCCUGGCUUGCUGCAACCCGGUUCCUCCGUUGGUCAAGCAAGAACUGAACGAGUUGCAUCGAAUCAUCAUGAACGCCAGGGACAUGCCGUUGGCGAAGCUGAAGGCGGAGACCGGAGAAAUGGACAUCGCCACAUUCGCGCGACGCACACAGGUUGAACUGAAGAGACCCCACGAUUUCUCACAUAACAGCGAAGAGGACGAGAUCGUUUCACUGACGCAGAGGAAGCAAUAUCGGAUGGUGUUGAACCGAUUGAGGAAUGAACAAAAAUCUGUAUUGUCAAGAAGCGUUUCUGCGAUCGUACGCAUUCUUCAAAAAAAAGUGAUUGAUUCGGCACCUGACGUACGACGAGUUAUCGCGAAGGUAACCGAAGGUUGGACACUACCCUUCGACGCGUACAAGCGUGCGGUAGAAACGGCCGAAGAGUCGCCGUCGACGGAAGCUUCAAAAAAAUACACGGAGACACCAUCGUCGGCUCCGAGCAAUAAACAAGAAGACAUAUCGAAAGGACAAAACAAAGCGAUGAAGCCCAGUUGUUCUGCAUCAGCUUCGGAUGUCGGCAGCGCUACAAAGUGCAAACGAGAGCGCACCAUCGAAGAAGACCUCCUUUCAGCGCCGUUAGAGAAGCAAAAGAAACGCUUCCCCAAACCAUGGGUGUCCUUCGAACCGUUCGACUACUCCGCCGUCUCCCCGGACAUGUUCUCCAAACGUAAGUGA